UAUAAAACAAAACUUGAGAAGGAACAAAAGGAUAACACAAAACCUCUCUUCGUCUUCCACACUCACACACGCAGAGACGCAGUCACAAACACAAUGGCUCUUUCUUCAGGAAUCUUAUCUACUACGACCUUUCUCUGCGUCGAUACGGCGCCGUUCCGCAGCUCUCUCUUGUCUCCCUCUUCGCUCCGUUUGUCUCCUCGUCAUCCAGCGGCUAACCUGCGCGUUUCCGCGACGGCGGCGGCGUCUUCCGAGCCGGCAGUCACCAAGACCAGAGAGCCACGUGGCAUCAUGAAACCUCGCCCUGUGACCCAGGAGAUGCAGGAUAUAGUCGGCGUUCCAGAAAUCCCUCGCACUCAAGCUCUUAAACGCAUUUGGGCUUACAUCAAGGAACACGACCUUCAAGAUCCACAGAACAAGAGGGAUAUACUCUGCGACGAGAAGCUGAAGAAGAUAUUUGAAGGCAAAGAGCGUGUUGGGUUCUUGGAGAUUGCAAAGCUCAUUGGUCCUCACUUUCUCUGAAUGAGAGACUUUUGGCAGGCUGGGAGAAGACUAUAUCAUUGGCCGCCUAUGUUUUGCUCAACUAUUAAAAAUGGCCAUGAAAGAUCAGAUUAUUUACAUAUAUAUAUUAGUAAAAACAAUUAGGUUUUAAGAAGUUUUAUACAACCAAGUAGUAGUUAUAUAAUUAAGCCUUUUUGGAGACUAUCUUUUUGUCGGUUAUGUGCUCUCAUUGCUUCCUGUUGCAGUUAAAAAUAUUCCUCUUUUUCUGUCUUAGGACAUGAAAUCUUCUUAUCUAAUGCAUCCGUUCUUCAA